AUGGACCCUGAAGCCGCCUUCGGAGAGGCCCGCCGGAGCCUGGACGAGGCGCCCCCGAAAGGCAUGGACGCCUUGCUGAGCCCGGCCGCCUUCGCCGCCGCCGGAGGAGGGCCCUGCCGGAACGCGCCGCUCAGCGGGCCGGGCCCCUCGGCGCCCCCCGCCGCCUACCCAGCCCUGGACGGCGCCGAGCCGCCCCCCAAGCAAUGCCUCCCCUGCCCGGCCUCGGCCGCCGCCGCCGCCGCCGCCUCCACCGCCGCCCCCUUCUCCUACGGCUGCUUCGGCAGCGGCUACUGCUCGUACCGGGUGGCCCGCGGCGCCCUCAAGCCCUGCCCGCCCCCGCCGCAGCCCGCCUACCCGCCCGACAAGUACGUGGACGCCGCCAGCGCCGCCGCGCCCCCCGAGGACUACCAGACGCGCCCCGCCGAGUUCGCCUUCUACCCGGGCUACGCCGGUCCCUACCAGCCCGUGGCCAACUACCUGGACGUUUCCGUCGUGCAGACCCUCGGCGGGCCGCCCGGCGACGCCCGACACGAAGCCCUCCUGCCCGUGGACCCUUACCACCAGCCCUGGGCCCUGGCCGGCGGCUGGAACAACCAAAUGUACUGCCCCAAGGAGCAGAGCCCGGCCGCCGGACACUUUUGGAAAACGGCCUUCGCAGAAGCUGUAGGCCAACAUCCCCCGGAGGGCUGUUCCUUCCGCCGCGGCCGCAAGAAGAGGAUCCCAUACAGCAAAGGGCAGCUGAAAGAGCUCGAGAAGGAGUACGCCAACAGCAAGUUCAUCACCAAGGAUAAGAGGAGAAAGAUCUCCGCGGCCACCAACCUCACCGAGAGACAGAUCACCAUCUGGUUCCAGAACCGGCGGGUGAAAGAGAAGAAGAUUGUGGCCAAGGUGAAAACCACCAACACCAACACCACCACCACUAGCAGCACCGCCAGUAGCAGCAGCAGCGGCAGCACCCCGUGA